UGUCCGUCAGUGGAAUCAGUCCGUGUUCCGGCUGAAUGAAGCGCAGCUGCAUGGUUGUUCUGUCAGCCUAAAGCUUCAGUCGGAGGUGUGAGCGGCUCCUGAUUGGCUGCCCCAAUGGCCCACAUCACCAUCAACCAGUACCUGCAGCAGAUAACCGAGGCCAUCGAGAACCGGGAGGGAUCCUUCUGCGCCGAGCUGCUGUCCUUCAAACACCCCCAUGUGGCCAAUCCCCGCCUGCAGCUGGCCAGUCCGGAGGAGAAGUGCCAGCAGGUUCUGGAGCCGCCGUACGAUGAGAUGGUGGCGGCUCAUCUCAGGUGUACGUACGCCGUGGCCAACCACGACUUCGUAGAGGCCUACAAGUUCCAGACGCUCGUCGUUCAGUCCUUCCUGAGAGCCUUCCAGUCCCACAAGGAGGAGAACUGGGCGCUGCCCAUCAUGUUCGUCGUCACCCUGGACCUCAGGAUCUUCGCCAACAACGUAAGAACCGUCUGCAACCAGAGGGGGCGCUACAGAAGGUGGUCCAUCAGUGAGGGGAACCUGCUGCUGCUGAACGAGGCGCUGUCCAAACAUGAAACCUUCUUCAUCCGCUGUGGGAUCUUCCUCAUCCUGGAGAAGCUGAAGAUCAUCACCUACAGGAACCUCUUCAAGAAAGUGUAUCUGCUGCUGAGGACCCACCAGCUGCCGCUGGACGCCUUCCUGGUGGCUCUGAAGAUGAUGCAGGUGGAGGACGUGGACCUGGACGAGGUGCAGUGCAUCCUGGCCAACCUCAUCUACAUGGGUCACAUCAAGGGUUACAUCUCCCAUCAGCACCAGAAGCUGGUGGUCAGUAAGCAGAACCCCUUCCCCCCGCUGUCCUCCAUCUCCUAGACGUCCCUGGAUGGACCAUGUUCUCCGCCUGUUUUAUAAAAAUCUGCUUCAAUAAAGCUUUCUGUUU